CGCUCUCGGGCACCCCAGGCCGCCUCCGCUCCCGCACCCCUCCCCCGGACCUGGGUAGGCGAGGACACGUCAGGGGACAUAAAUAAAUAAAUAAAUCCAUUCAGCGGAUGACAGCGAGGCCAGGCGGCUGCAGCUGGGCGGGGGGAGCCGGAGAGCGGCGGUGCGCACCGGGUGUCAGAGCCAGAUAACAGUACACCAUGUGUAAUCAUGAAUGCUGUACCCAUCUAACUGCACUGUACUUCAUAUGCUACUAGGAGUGAAGCUUGGCGUGUGGUGCUUUCCUGCAGAUACUUACACAAGGGUAUCCGGGCACCGUGAACUCACAACAGUACAUCAAUAGAGCUACCUUAUAAUCUGGAGUCUGCUCUACCUCUCCCUUCAUAUUGCCUUCAAAUACUGCACGUCAACAUACAGUGACUAGGCUUAAAUAUUCUACGUACCACCCAAAGCUGUUAAAGUGGUCAUCUGACGACAGGUCACUUUAGUGUCCAGUAGAAGAGCAGAAUGCCAUCAGACGCUUCCUCUGUACCGCUGCCAUACCCACCUCCUCCCGACGGGGGGUGGGGCUGGAUGGUGGUCUGCGCAUCCUUUAUCUCCAUUGGAUUUUCAUACGCCUUCCCCAAAGCUGUCACAGUCUUCUUCAAGGAUAUCCAGGAAAUAUUCCACACCACCUCCAGUCAGAUCGCCUGGAUAUCGUCCAUCAUGCUGGCUGUCAUGUACGCGGGAGGUCCCAUCAGUAGUGUGUUGGUGAAUAACUAUGGCAGCCGUCCUGUGGUGAUAGUGGGAGGAUUGUUAUGCUGCAUGGGAAUGAUCUUGGCCUCUUUCAGCAACAGCGUGAUAGAGCUUUAUCUCACCGUUGGCUUCAUUGGAGGUUUAGGAUUAGCAUUCAACCUGCAACCAGCCUUAACAAUAAUCGGAAAAUACUUCUAUAGGAGACGACCCCUUGCAAAUGGCUGUGCCAUGGCUGGAAGUCCUGUUUUCCUAAGCACACUGGCUCCUUUCAAUCAGUACCUAUUCAACAGCUAUGGCUGGAAGGGGAGUUUUUUGAUUUUGGGAGGCAUAUUUUUGCACUCCUGUGUGGCCGGGUGCCUCAUGAGACCUGUCCAGGCAAGUCCACGUGCUAAGAAGUCUAAAACUAAGGUUGCCUCAAGACAUGAUUCAAGUACGAAGAAAGCCAGUAAGGUAUCAACAGCGGAAAAGAUUAAUAAGUUUUUAGAUUUCAGCCUUUUUACGCAUAGAGGAUUUUUGAUCUACCUAUCUGGAAAUGUCAUAUUGUUUUUAGGGAUGUUUGCCCCUAUUAUAUUCUUGGCUCCAUAUGCUAAACACAAAGGAGUGGAUGACUAUAACUCAGCUUUAUUACUGUCUGUGAUGGCUUUUGUCGAUAUGUUUGCUCGGCCUUCUGUAGGAUUGAUAGCCAACACUAGCUUGAUCCGUCCACGAAUCCAGUACCUCUUCAGCUUUGCCAUCAUUUUUACCGGCAUAUGCCAUCUCUUAUGCCCUUUUGCACAUGACUACUCAGCCUUGGUCGUCUACGUCAUAUUUUUUGGCUUGGGAUUUGGAAGUAUUAGCAGCCUCCUCUUUGAAUGUCUUAUGGACCUUGUUGGACCUACCAGGUUCUCCAGUGCUGUGGGACUGACAACCAUUGUGGAGUGUUGCCCAGUUCUUUUCGGCCCUCCUUUGGCUGGUAAAUUGCUUGAUGUAACUGGAGAAUAUAAAUACCUGUACGUAGCCAGUGGGGCAGUCGUGUUAUUUUCAGGCACUUACCUAAUGAUUGGCAAUGCUAUAAACUAUAGACUUCUCGACAAGGAAAGGAAGAGAGAGAAGGCAAGGAAGAAGAAACCAGCUACGCAGCCGUCCAGAGAAAUGGAGGCCUUUAGCAGACCUAAACAGGACGAAGUUACUGUCAAAGUUUCCAAUGCACACAAUCCUCCCUCAGACAGGGACAAAGAAAGUAGUAUUUAACAAGUCUCAUCUCCGAAUCAGUGUUCAUGAAUUUAAUUAUGACUUUCUUUGUGUGUGUUUUUUUUUUCAAAGAAUUGCAAAGAAUUUUAGCUGCAACAAUAAGAUCACAAACAGUAACAAAACUGGCAUCUUCCUCAAUGACAUACUAUAAAUUAACACUUUAACAUUUGUUGCGAUGGUUAACUUUUGAGAUUGUGCAUGUAGAAAAUCCACGCAGUUGCUCAUCUGCCCUUCUGAGUUGUGAUGAAAACAAAGAAUUUUUUAAAUCUUCUGCAUCCCAGACCUUGGCUUACCUAAGCACAAUUCAAUAUUAAUUCCACAUAAUGACUCUCUGGAAGGUUCAUUUUUUCAUCUGCUAUUAAGUCAUGAAGUGAAUUGAGGACAAUCAUUUUUUUCUUUUCAACACACAAAGAAUUACACAUGUAUCCACGCAAACACUGAGUAUUGGGAGAUCAUAAAGAAAUAAAUGAAUUUGAAAAAAUUAUUAUCAUAGUCAUUUUUAAGUCAAAGGAGAAAAAUUCCUCCAGGAAGCGGAAAUGUAUUAUGUUUGCAUGCAGUCUUGCAAGUCUGGAUUAAAAAUAACGGUCUACAGUGGAAAAAAUCAAAGUGCUUUAACUCAGAAAAAGGUAAAGGGAAAAAAAUUUACAUGGAUAAGUUUGGCUAAAACCAAACAGAACUAGUUUUCACCAUCAAUCUGUCACACUUGUGCCAGUUAAAUCCACACACCUGUUCACACAGUUUCUUUGAAAGGUCACAAUUAGCGACGGGUGAUAGACAAUAGAACCCCUCCAUUAAUUUCUAGAACUCAUACCUAACACAUACAUUGAUUUAAAAUUCAACGAUUGCACUGAACAGUCAUCUGAAUCCAUUGACAUUAAAAACCUCUUAAGCCGUGAUGUACAUCUUUUGAUAACUUUCUUUAAAACCAGGGCUCAAUGCAGAUUUAAUGGUCUGCUGAACUAUCCAAGUCAAACAGAUCAGAAGAACUGACAUGUUCAAGUAGUCUAGAUUCUAUUUUUCCCCAGCACAAAGUAGUGACAUAAACUUAAUCUCAUGAGUUCUACUCAUAGGAGUAGAACUGACAAGACCAGGGGUCAUUUCUGAGCCUGCUAACGAAGACUUAUAAUUCUUUACUACAGUAGGCAAAAUCAGAAAACAAACCAAGGUCUUGAAUUCCAUUCCAGAAGAUACCUCAUGGUAGAAAAGAGGGGAAACACUAGAAAAUUCUGCCCUCUACUGAUUGGACUACAUACAGCUGAGAAUAGAACCUGGAAGCUGAAGUGUGUCCCCAGGACAAUUCUGGCAAUAUAGGCUGUGAGGAUUGACAGGUCUGUAGUUUAUAACACAGUAGCAACAUGGCAGAGAAUGAUUGCUCAGGUUAUUGUAGCAUUUUGCUUUUCCAAACUUAAGGUGUCUAGAAUUCAAACUCAUUCUUACAACACUCUUUGAGAGGUCUGUAAUUUAUUAUUAGGUACAUAGCAACUGAAACUAAAUGUUCGUGUAUGUCUCAUGUCUCAUUUUCUGAUAAAUAUAGGAAGACUUUAGUUUUUUAUUAUUGAAUUAUUGAAGUCAC